AUGCCUUGGACACUUUGUGGACUCGUCCUGGUCCAUCUUAGUGGCCUUGUGUCAUCUCUGCCAUUGGAUAAUGGAAAUCAUGGCUCUGUGGCGUUUGUCGUGAGCAGUCGCACUCACACUCGCAGAUCCAACCGAAAUCCAAAUUUGGCUACAGCAGCUCCAACUACAUGUACCAGUAAAUCCAGCACGGCACUGCACUAUUCCACACAGGGCGAUGGGCAGGACCGCCUAGAGAUGACUGAUGACACGAAGAAAACAUUUUCUGAACAGCAGAAGAAAUCCAAAUUGGAAGCAUACCAGGUUGUAGCCAAUCAAGAUCCUGAAUGGUAUAAUCAGUUUGUCUUGAAUGUGCUCAAGGAAAAAACCGUGGAGGAACUUGGACUUCCACCGCCAUCUGCGUUGCCCAUCAUUCCAGCAGCAUCAACAUUAAAAUCUGUCUUGGAAUUAGAAGAAGAGGAAGACACAUUGACAGCCAAAGAUUCAACUCAAAUCAAGCCUGAUCCAGCAGCAACAGCGCCUACUCUACUAGAUCGGAAUUCUACCACAACAGUCAGCAUGACUGCCAGCAAUACCUCAGAGGGAAAAGUCCAGGAAUCCACUUUUAUCACCUCGAAUUUGACCUUGCCUUUAAAAGCGGAGGCUGAUGCCGGGGUCUCCCCGGUGAGCCAGAGUCAAGAACAAGAAUUAUUGGAUGCCACUACUGAGCCCUCUGCCAGCACAAGCCAAGAGAAUGCAACAAUCAUCGAAAUGAAACACGAAGAAACAGAGAAGAUUGAGGUUCCUGAAAACAGUACGGAAGUGAACACUGUGGCCUCGCAAAGCAAUUCGAGCAUUGUGGCUGACACUGUUUCCAAGGCACAAACCAAGGAGUCGACCGGUUUGGAAAAAGAAGCAUCACCUUCUCAGAAACAAGAGAACUCCACAUUGAUGGAAGAACAGUCAAUGCCUCAUACCGAAAUCUCGGAUGCAGAAGAGUUGCCCACACUUCAAAAGGCCGUAGAAGAGAAACCAUCCACAGAGGGGGAAAACCUCAUUGUUGACACUCCCGUCGCCACUGAUGCCGCAAGAAGUUCCAAAGAGAAAGUAGUUGAUAGGAGUGACAAGAAGUCAGAGCUGACAACACUAGGAUAUACUCAAGACGAAAUUGCAAUGCUCUUGCCAGAUGUUGUCGAUGUGAUCCUCGAUGGCCAAAUGGAACGGCCUUCCAGCAUUCCGUCCGCGUGGAUCAGCAAUCAAGUAGAGGAAUCCAGAGACAAUAGUAGAGACUUGAAGGCUGGCCCGGUAGAAAUUGGUACCAAUCAGUCAGAGCCAAAAGACAAGGCCUCUGAAGCCUCAUUGAGUGAAACGAGGCAGGAAACAGCUGCAAGUACGGACAAAACCUCAUCCAAAGGCAAAUCGCCAUCCAAUUCACAAGAUGCAGCUGUACAGGAGACUUCUACUGGUACCAACAGCACUGAUGUUGCAUCUGACGAGGAGGUUAUACUGUUCUUUGACAUAUCCAAGCAAAGGCUCCAAGUAGCGCCAUUGGCUACUCUUGCAGAUCUCGGCUACAACAAACGAGAUCUUGCGGGGCUGCGUGCGGACAUUGCAGCUUCGGUGAUGAUCAACAAAACCCCUCGACCUUCCAGAGGCAUCCCCUCGAAAUGGAAAGCCCCCAAAAACAAACAAGGAGAAACUACGGCCCAAGUCGUGCAAGUUUUGCCCAGGUCAAAGGCGGAAGUUCUGCUGGAGGAAGACAGGCUCAAACGUCCUACAACUACAAUUCGUGAGCGACCCCCCGUCAACGAUCGCCGAAAAAUGGCGCAGGAGGAAGAGCGAGAAAGAAGGCGAAAAACUGCAAUGAACAAUAGGAGAUCGCGAGAAAAGCAAGCUUUCAAUGCAGAUGGAAGCCCCAAAAAUGUCUACAACGUUCGGAAAAAGGGGGUGUCGCCUGGCCAAAGACAGAGGCUGAAGUUGGAUGAUCCUCCGACUCCUCGAUAUUGGAUGGAUAUCGACACGUUCCGUGACUUGCUUCGCAAAGAGGCCGAGAUUAGGCUGAGGCUUGUGGGUGACGAUUUUGAAGAUGCAGUCAAAGAAGAGUGCGACUGGAGGUUAAAGCUUUACAAGGAUUGGCUCUGGAAACUGGACAAAGGAGUUGGAGGAUCCAUGGUUCCUAGCCGGAGAGAAAGGCGUCAAGGAAUACCCACUCGAACCAGAAUGGAACAGCGGGGUCCUAGGAAAGAAGGCCCUCCCGAUGAUAGGAGAAGAAAGUAG